GACCCCGCGGGCUGCCCGGCCCGCCUCCGCCCGGGCACCUUCUGGCUGACCAGGAUCGUGCUCCUGAGAGCCCUCGCUUUCGUUUACUUUGUGGCAUUCUUGGUGGCUUUCCAUCAGAACAAGCAGCUGAUUGGAGACAGAGGACUGCUGCCCUGCAGAGUGUACCUGAAGAGUGUGCAGCAACACUUCCAGGGGCAGGUAGGCUGGAGCGCCGUGAGCUAUGCCCCGUCUGUCCUCUGGCUGCUGGACUGGUCACACAUGGACUCCAACCUGGAUGCCCUUGCGCUGCUCGGCUUGGGCAUCUCGUCUUUCAUCCUGGUCACUGGCUGUGCCAACAUGGUUCUCAUGGCUGCACUCUGGGUCCUCUACAUGUCCCUGGUCAAUGUAGGACAGAUCUGGUAUUCAUUUGGAUGGGAGUUCCAGCUUCUGGAAACGGGGUUCCUGGGGAUUUUCCUCUGCCCUCUUUGGACUCUGUCUCGACUGCCCAGGAAGACCCCCACAUCCCGGAUUGUUCUGUGGGGCUAUCGGUGGCUGAUUUUCAGAAUCAUGCUCGGAGCAGGCCUGAUCAAGAUCCGGGGGGACCAGUGCUGGCGAGACCUCACCUGCAUGGACUUCCACUACGAGACGCAGCCGGUGCCCAACCCCAUGGCCUACUUUCUGCACCAUUCCCCGUGGUGGGUCCACCGCUUCGAGACGCUCAGCAACCACUUCCUGGAGCUCGUGGUGCCGUUCUUCAUCUUCCUCGGACGGCGGAUGUGCGUCCUCCACGGCGCCCUACAGAUCUUCUUCCAGGUGGCCCUCAUCAUCAGUGGGAACCUGAGCUUCCUGAACUGGCUGACCAUCGUGCCCAGCAUCACCUGCUUCGAUGACGCCACCGUGGGGUUCUUAUUUCCCUCUGGGCCUGGCAGCCUCAAGGACCAAGUCCUGAAGAUGCAGGAGGAGGAAGCCCGGGAGGCCCGGCCUACACCGACAUACGGCUGCAUGGUGCGGCAGGCAGCCAACCUGGCACUGGGCAUCCUGGUCGCCUGGCUCAGCAUCCCCGUGGUCCUCAACUUGCUGAGCUCCAAGCAGGUCAUGAACAGCUCCUUCAACCCCCUCAGAAUUGUCAACACAUACGGAGCCUUUGGAAGCAUCACAAAGGAGCGAACAGAGAUCAUCCUGCAGGGCACAGCCAGCCCCAACGCCAGCGCGCCAGACACUGUGUGGGAGGACUACGAGUUCAAGUGCAAGCCAGGCGACCUGAGGAGACGGCCAUGCCUCAUCUCCCCCUACCACCACCGCCUCGACUGGCUCAUGUGGUUUGCGGCCUUCCAGACCUACGAGCACCACGAGUGGGUCAUCCACCUGGCGGGCAGGCUCCUGGCCAAUGACGCCGAGAUUCUGUCCCUGCUGGCCCUUAACCCAUUUGCGGACAGGGCCCCUCCCAGGUGGGUCAGGGCGGAGCACUACAAGUACAAGUUCAGCCGCCCUGGGGGCCUGCACGCCGCAGAUGGCAAGUGGUGGAUCCGGAAGAGGAUCGGUCCCUACUUCCCCCCACUCAGCCUUCCGGACCUGAAGGACUACUUUAAGUCACGGGAGUGGCCGUACCCAGAACCAAAAUAGAGGGGCCCAGGACCUGUGCGCUGAGAAAUAAAGUGGGAAGGUAUUGCUACCCCUGCACCGCCGCCUGCACCCAGCAUCCAGGAAAGCAAGCCAGGGGGGCAUGGGGGUCUGCUGGGGUCUGGGUGGCCAUCUGUGCUUUCCUCAUUUCCCACAAUGGGACCCAGGCAACUCAGCCCUCUGCUCUACCUCACCCCUGGACAUCUGCCUCGUCACCGGACUCCCCAGACACGGGUGUCUCAAGGAGCCCUGGUUGAUCCCGGACCACCAGCACCUACUACACUGAGCCUCAGUUCCUACCACUGGUCAUGGCCUGGCCAGGGGGGUCCUUGGCACCUGGGGUGCUGGUCCACAGCCAGGCCCUUACCCUCCAGCAGCCAAGCCCGUUGUAGACCUGGCAUGGCUGUGAGGAAGCCCUUACUCCCUGCCUCUCCUCUGCACCCGCGGGCUUGGCUCCCACCACAUCCAGGACAGGGACUCGGGAGAAGCCAAGGCUCCCAAUCCCCCACUCAUGUCCACCCCCUCAGAACCGCCGCAAACCCUACACACACCCCUCCACCUGGCCUGGGCCCUGCUCUCCUCCCCAGUGACCAGCCAUUUGUCCCCUCUUGAGCACAGUGUGUCCUCAUGCUCCUCUGUGACCACGUGUCCUCCCCCUCAGUCACACACCAUGGAGCCUCCUGCUCCCUGACCUGCGGGUGAGGGGGCAGCAGAGUGGUCAGCCCCAGCCUGGGUGCUGGGGUGGAAGGGGUCCCCACGGUGGCAGUUUUGAGGCCCAGUUGUUAGAAGUUAAAGUAGAUUAAUUCUGUUUUGCUUGGCAAUCCUUGGGCCCCACUGCAGAGAACUGGGUGCAGCCCAGAAGCUUCACUGGAGUGUGAGUGAGCAGGGAGGGUUCUGCCAGGAAAUAAGCCAGCACCCGGCGGUGCCACCCCGCCUGCCCAGCCAGGCUGAGGGACCCUGGGCAGUUGGAUCCAGCCCCACCCAGGGGACAGCGGCCAGGGGGUGCCGGGCUGCCCUCCCUUCUCCCUGGCCUGGCAAAUGCUGGUGGGGGUGGCCACCCAUCCCUUCCUCUUGCCCCACCCCCAACAGCCCAGGGCACCUGGCCAUACUGUGGAGAGCCCUGGAGAGGUGGUUCAGGCCAAGAGGCUGGGACGAGGUGGGUACAAGUGCAGGUCUGUGUGGAGCAGCCCCCUACCCGCCUGGGGGGCCAGCCCAGGUGCCAACAGAAAGGCCGUGUUCCUGCUCACAGGGAAACAGGCGCCCUGUGUCUGUAGCAGGACAGACAGGGCCUCAGACAAGGAGCCUGGAGCCAGCAAGUCUGCCUGCGGCAGCCAACCACCAGCCACUGCCUGGGCAGCCCUUCCUGGGGGGCCGCCCUGGGGGCUCUGCCAAUGGGUGGGGGCACCAGGGGGCCUGAGGAGACCCUGCACCUUGGCUCCGGUGGUGUUCCACACCCCUUGCCCAGAACCUCGAGUGUCCUCCCUGCCAGGAGUCAUGGUGGCUCCCCACACACACACACCCCCAACCCUUUUCACACACACCCGGGGCUCGCUGCCACCUGGGGCUGGACAGGGGAGGCCCCUGUGACCCAGGACUGCUGACUGUGGACUCCUCUCUGGGCCUUUAUCCAGCCAUGCCCCCCAAGCCUCCAGGACACCCUAAGCCUCUCCUCCUUCCAGAGGCUCGUGUGUCCCCCGAUGCCCACCAGUCUUUCAGCAGCCUCUGGAGCCUCUCCUGAAGCCACUCCCUCCCAUCAAAGGGGGUCCCACUGAACGCUUCCUUCACUCACAACCCUCUUACAGCCCCACCUCCCUGAGUGUGAACCUAAGGUCACAGCCCAUCUCCCCAGCCACACCCCCAUCCCUUCCAUUCCUCACACCCACCAGCAGGUCAGGCCUUGGGGACCCACUCUGCCUUCUCUGGACCCCAGGCUGCUCCAGAUUUUGCUCUAGGGUGAUGGGGAUCUAGUCCUGGCCCCCCAGUGCCAAGUGGCACCCGAUACAGGUCUGCUGGGUAAACCGUCCACCUAAUGACAGAAAAAGGCUCUGCCUGACACUGCCCUCUCUCCAGCUCAUGAAAAUCUGCUGUUUCUGAUUCAGCCCAAGAGACACUUCUAGAGGGGAGAGGGUGUUCAGGGACAUGAGGCAGGGGGCAUUAGCCCACCUUCUCUCCAGACAGCUGAGCCUGAGAGAAUGGGGCACAUUCUUCCGCCCUCGCUCUCCCCUCCCAAAACCGUCCACCUGGGGUUGAGGGGCCUGUGAGAUCUCUUACCCACCUGAUAGGGACACACAGCACCUGCUGGAAACUGAAUGUGCAUCAGACUCAGGUGAACAUGCUAGAGUUGCCACAGGAAGGACCACCUGCGCCCCUGCCUCCUCCCAGGGAUGUGAGACUUGGUACUCUAGACACCAAGAUACCAUCCACCAGACAGUGGCUGUGCUCAGAUGACCCAGGGCCUGGCUUUUGGCCCCAUCCAGAGCAGCAGGCUUAGCCAGGGGCCUUGUCCAGGGAGAACUCACACCCUGCCUCCCCCUUGCUCUAGCCAACAGGCGAGGGGCAAAGGGCAGAGCUCCCAUUGCACAUGAGGCAGGAUGUGUGUGAGCCUUCAUCAAGCCAAAGGGGUCCUUGGGGUCUUAUUUGCUGAGAUGGUUUUCCACUCAAAGUGCAUUUUUGGCACCUGCUAAGGCCAAGCACAUGCUCCUCUCAGCCGCGCUCAGAUGAGACAUUCAUCCUCAGGGAUUCAGUUCCAACACCACUAGGUAAGGCAGAACUCAAUAUAUCAGCAAAUCAGCCCUUAAAACUGCAAAGUAAUCAACAAAAUUGUGAACCUUUAGCUUAACUGACAGAGAAGAUGCAAAUAACUAAAAUUUUUUGAAAGGGCAUCACUGCCGGCCUUACAGAAAUAAAAAUAUAACAGUACUAUAAACAAGUAUAUGCCAACAAACUAGGUAACCUAGAUGAAAUGGACAAAUUCCUAAACACACACAAACUACUAAAAGUGACUCAGGAAGAAGUAGAAAUUUUGAAAGGAUCUAUAACAAGUAAAGAGAGUGAAUCAGGCAUCAAAAACCUCCCAACAGCCCAGCCGGGCGUGGCUCAGUGGUUGAACAUCAACCUAGGAU